ACGGGUCCGGUGCGUGUGCGGUUUGCGCCGUCGCCGACCGGGUUCCUGCACCUGGGCGGACUGCGCACAGCCCUCUUCAACUAUCUUUUGGCGCGGCGCUACGGCGGACAGUUUAUCCUGCGGAUCGAGGAUACCGACCAGAAGCGGUUCGUUGCGGGCGCCACGGAGAACAUCCUGGCGACCCUGCAGUGGGCCGGGCUGGCGAUCGACGAGGGACCGGGCAAAGGCCCCGAUAAAUACUUCCAGUCGCAGCGCACCGAGCUGUACCAGAAGCACGCGCAGCUGUUGCUAGACAGCGGGCAUGCCUACCGGUGCUUCUGCAACUCGCACCGGCUUGAGCUCCUGCGGCAAGAGGCGACUGUGCAGGGCCGCGCGCCCAUGUACGAUAGGCGGUGCUUGCAUCUGUCGCAGCGCCAGGUGGACGAGAAGCUGCGGACGGGCGAGCCCUAUACGGUGCGGAUGAAGGCGCCGGGCGCUUUAACUGAGGCGGGGCGGGAGGUGGGCGAUGGAGUUCCGGGCCCGGCGGGCUUUGACGACGCCGUGCUGCUGAAGAGCGACGGGCUGGCCACGUACCAUCUGGCCAAUGUGGUGGACGACCAUUUGAUGGGGAUCACGCACGUGAUGCGCGGCGAGGAGUGGCUGAUCUCGACGCCCAAGCACCGCGCGCUGUUCCGGGCGUUUGGCUGGGAGCCGCCCGCCUACGCGCACCUGCCGCUGCUGAUGAACAGCGACGGGUCGAAGCUCUCGAAGCGCAACCAGGACGGGCCCGUGAAAAACUACAUUUCCGCUGGCUAUCUGCCGCAGGCGCUGGUCAACUACGUGGCGUUGCUCGGGUGGCACCCGGACAGCACAAAGGAGGUGUUUACAAUGCCCGAGCUCGAGCAGCAGUUUGCGCUGCGCGGGCUGAGCCGCAGCAAAUCGGCCGUGUCGCGGGACCGGCUCGACUGGCUGCAGAAGCAGCAUUUGCGCGCGGCCAUUCACGACGACCAGCAGGUGAUGGGCCUGGCGGAGCAGGCGCUGGCGGAGAUCAGGGGCGCUGAGGGGGCUGGUCGGGAGGGGCUGACCAGCGAGGCCGUAGUUGGGGCGCUCAGGCUGUGCGGCGACCGGCUGGCGCGCGCUGGCGACCUGCACACGACCGCUCCGUAUCUAUUUGGUGAUCCGGACCUGGAGUCGGAGCAGGCCCAGGGCGUU